AUAAAAGAGCAACGAAAACUAGUCACAUUACAUCGGUAGUUUCAAGAAAAUAUAUCGGAUUAAAUUUGUUCGUCUUUCUGUGCACAUUGUAAUUAAAGACACUGUAAAAUGGGGGCACGUUUACAAAUCUGCGCGAUUAUAAUUAUACUGGGCGCGGUGAAUCAAGCAAAUGCUGUGAUGACAAUGGAACAAAUUCAUAAAACCGCGCAAACCAUGCGUAAUACGUGUACGACGAAGUCCCACGCAGACGCCGGAGCUGUCGCAGGAAUACAAAAAGGCGAAUUUCCAGAGGACCAAACGUUAAAAUGCUAUACGCUUUGUAUAAUGAAGACAAUGCGAACUUUCAAAAAUGGACGCAUAGAUGAUGGCAUGAUGAUUAAACAAAUGGAUCUGAUGAUGCCACCUGAAAUGGCGACUCCUUUGAAAAUAACUACGGCUAAGUGCGUAGCAGAACCGCCUGGUGCCGAUGAUUGCGAUACAACAUUUCGAUUUGUGAAAUGCAGCUAUCAAACAGACCCGGAUCACUUCUUCUUUCCUUAAUCGAAAUUAAACGCAGAUAAGAAUAUAAUACGAUUGCAUACAACGAAAAGAUGUAAUUAGGUUUAGGAUUAGGUAGAUAUAUUAAUUUCAAUCAUUUGUGUCAUGAGAGUUGAGUAAUUGUAAAUUUAUGAACUAAUAGAUUGGGACAAGAUGUACUAAACAUUACUAUACAUAAUUAUACAUUACUAAUAUUCAUUAGUAAUAAUAAUAACUCAUAAUGCAAUACAGUGAUAUAGGUAUUAUUUAAUUAUUAUAAUUAACAAUCAGUUAGUCUUAAACGCGUACCAGGGUAAUAGUUAAUUUUAUUUAAAAAUAAAAGCUCAAAAAGUAAAA